AUGGCACGGAGUUGGACGAGACGGCCCGCCCCUCGGGGCCCCUUGAAAAGUCUCCGGACGCUGCUGGCUGCGUCGGAAGGAUCGUCGGAGGCCGCUUCGCCCAGCGGGCAGCCCAGAGCGCCCUCCGGCUCCGCCCUCCACGGCUGCGCCGCCCUCGCUCUGGCCGGGGAGGCUGUUGCUAGGAGACCGGAGGGACUCGGCCUGCGGCAAGAGGGGGAAACAGAGAGGUAGGCGCGGCGGCGGCGGCGGGGUAGCGAAGCCGGAGGGGGGGGAUGCGCGGGAGGGGGGGCAGGUUUAACCACGACAGGAGACUGGCUGGGAAGAUGUUUUGCGCCGCAUCCAAGAUCCGAACUGCCUGCCUGCCUGCCUUUCAGGGGGUGGUGCCACAUCACCAUAUCAAAAUUAGGACUGCGCAAGGGGGAGACAAGCCUAGACAGCAUCUUCAAAAGCAGAGACAUCACCUUGCCAACAAAGGCCCGUAUAGUUAAAGCCAUGGUUUUCCCAGUAGUGAUGUAUGGAAGUGAAAGCUGGACCAUAAAGAAAGCUGAUCGCUGAAGAGUUGAUGCUUUUGAAUUCUGGUGCUGGAGGAGACUCUUGAGAGUCCCAUGGACUGCAAGAAGAUCAAACCUCCAUUCUUAAGGAAAUCAGCCCUGAGUGCUCACUGGAAGGACAGAUCCUGAAGCUGAGGCUCCAAUACUUUGGCCACCUCAUGAGAAGAGAAGAUCCCUGGAAAAGACCCUGAUGUUGGGAAAGAUGGAGGGCGCAAGGAGAAGGGGACGACAGAGGACGAGAUGGUGGGACAGUGUUCUUGAAGCUACCAGCAUGAGUUUGACCAAACUGCGGGAGGCAGUAGAAGACAGGAGCGCCUGGCGUGCUCUGGUCCAUGGGGUCACGAAGAGUCGGACACGACUAAACGACUAAACAACAGCAAAGGGGGAGCAUCCAACAUGAAGCAUUUCUGUUGGAUCCAUGUUUUUUUUUUUUUAAAUUAAAAUCAUGCAUCGUCAUCCGUAUACCCAAAAAGCCUUUUCCUCCACCCCAUUUAUGUAAGAGUGAGAAUUACCCAGGCUCAGGGGAGCUGUGUGUUUUUCCUCAGCUUCACGUGCCUGGAAGCAGGUGAUCCCAGAGGAGCGACUCAUGCGGAGAUGCAGCCCUCCUUCCUUCCCCCCUGAGGCUGGGUAACUGGGCCUAAGGCAGGGGUGGGUGAUCCAAAGGCAUCUGAUGGAGAGACGCCACAGACCAGAGCAGUGAAUCAUGCAAAGGGCACGGUGAGCAAUCUUUGCUUGGUGCUUUGGGCUCUCAGGAGCCCUUGAUUAUGCCAUUUUACUUCUUGUAGCCAUUAGCAGUUAUGUCAGGCCACACCUUUUGGGAAUUAGUGCUUUAAGAGCUUCUGACAACAGGUGUCGUAUGCUUUGUUGAUGGGAGAAACCAGAAGAUAGUCUCGUGAGCAUGGGUUAGAUGGCAAAACUGAUCCCAGAAGGGAGGAAUACUUUACAGGCAGGAUAACACAUCUAACAAGAAAGAAAAAGGGAUUGUCUCCAACUUAUUUGCCACUUCUUUAAGGACAGAGGCUCUGCUCCUUGAACAGAUGCAUGGCAGGUAAUCAUUUAAAAUGGGAGCAUUACCUGGCAUGAAAAAGCAGUGACAGCAGGAGACACAAGUUGUUGAUUUCUGACCUCUACACACUGCUUUAAAGAAAGCACAGAGCAUCUGUCCGUAAACAACGUGGCAACGCUAAUUUUUAGGAAGUGGGGCUUCCCCAAAGGACAACCAAGUCAGGCCACAAUGAUGUUUGAAUAUUUGCCAUUUCUAGGCUCAUCCAUGCUUGCUUCCUCUCCUCUAAUAGACAUUCCUGGCAAUUCUGGUCUCAUCAGACGUGUCCCUCACAAACCUUUGGUAGUGUUGGUGGAAAAGCCUUCAUAGCUAGCCUGUGAGGCAGUGGAUUGACCCAGAUUUGAAGCUUCAGGCAAGGUGAGUUCUAAGAAUUGCAAUAAAAAUAAUGGUGAGGGAAGGGAAGGAAAUAAAAGGCAAGAAAGAGAGAGCUAGUGGACUUAAUCUGAGGAGAGUCAGGUUCAAAUAGGACUUAGCCAUCAAGCUCACUGGGUGGCUUUGGACCUGCCAUGAUUUCUCAACCUUAUCAAUGUCACAGGAUUAUAUGUGGAUGAAAGGGGGAGGGACCAUGCACACUAUGCGUGGGGGAUCUGUGGCCCUCCAGAUGAGGUUGGACUACAACUCCCAUCAUUCCUGGCCGUUGAUCGUGGUGGGGGCUGAUGGGAGUUGGAGUCAGCAUCUGUAGGGCUACAGGUUUCCCACCUCUGAUGUUCAUAAUCCUGAGAUCCUUAAAGCAAGGCCAGGAUAAUAAAGAAGGAAUGGGUAUGGACAACAAGUUAAAUGAGGCUUCUGAAGAGCCAUAUUGGUGUGUCUAUACCAGUGAUGGCCAAACCUGGCCCUCCAGCUGUUUUGGGACUACAACUCCCAUCAUCCCUAGCUAACAGGACCAGUGGUCAGGGAUGGUGGGAACUGUAGUCCCAAAACAGCUGGAGGGCCAAGUUUGGCCAUGCCUGGCCUAUACUAACAAAAGAGGUAUAGGUACAGAUGUGGUCUGACCAUUAGAGCUGCCCCCCUUUAGCAUAGACCAAAGGGGUAGGAGGAGGCUUGGGUUCCUCCUCUUUGUACUUUGUACUUUCCUCCAUUAUAGGUGCAGUCAUGCCGAAGAAGAGAGGGCGCAAGCGGGCGGCCCUGACUGAUGAAGAACGGCUGAUUAUGAUGCAACAGAAGCGGCUGGCUGAGGAAGAAAUGAUGAAGAAGAAGGAGGACAUGCUGGCCCAGUUCCUAAAGGUACCAUUUGUUUGCCUGGACAUAAAGGGGUUUGUUUGUGCUACAAGGAAGCAUGAAGAUAUGUGGCAUGUUGUGGGGAGAGGAGUGUCGGCAGACCUGCUCACAAUUCAAAACAGUGCUCCAGGGGUCUUGUUUCCAAAUGUGAGAGAACAGGGUGAAUCACAUAAUCUUAGGGUGUUCUCAGCAGUGAGGCUAAGAACAUCUUUUAGUCUGCAACGUGCCACUUGUAAGAUAAUGCAGGAUGGAAAACAGAAAGAGUCAUUUUAAAAUUGUAUGCUCUGACCGCAGCAUUUUAUGCAGUCAGGAGGUGAAAGAGCUUGAAACUAGCAUGGUAGAUUGUUGCGAGAGUUUAUAUGUAAUCUCUGGAAGGUAAAAGGUCAAAACUAGGUUAGUGGUUUGGAGGCAGAUGGGCAAGGCCAGACACAAACUUAAUUGGGAAAUCCUAGAAUCUCAACACAUUUUGAGCUCAGUACUUUUCCCCAGAGGAGAAUUCUUUGAGAGCAAAAUAGAUGUUUAAUUAAAUGGCUGCCUGUAUUGUUGGAGUUUAUUUUAAAACUACUUUGAGGAAGUCUUUCAAGCUCAACACCUUUGGGAUUUUUCUAUAAUUACUGUUCUGUACCAUUUUGGGGGUCUUUGCUUCUGUUCUGCUGUAAGAGGGAAGACAUAGAAGGCAAGCAGAUGGGUAAAUAGAUAGAUGUAGGCAGGCAACAAAUUACUCUGAUGGAAGAAUAGUGAAAGGCCUUGGAGCCUAUAUUGGAGAAAGUGAGCUGUGGCUGUUUCUCAUGGUCACCUGACCUCUUAACUCAUGAAGAUUCAGACCAGUGAGCAAAGUUACAGUGCAGCCCUUAUUGACGCUUUUGAUAUUAAAUUGAACUGAUUGCUGCUACAACAAUAGCCGAUGCCAGGCAUAUAUGACUUCCGUCACAGAAAUCCAGUGAGAGAGCAUUGACCCUAUAUGUGCCAUAGGGAGCCAUGGCAAUGGGUGAAUUUAAAUUUAGUACCGGAAGCUUAGAUUGUGUGUCACUCUAGUUUUUAUCAUAUCUCUUUUGUUCUGACAGAAGGUUUCUGCCAAUUAAGCUGGAAAUGCUUUCAGUUCCUUUUCUUACCAACUGACUUGGUGGCAUAUUGAGUAUGAAACUGGAAUUGGGUGAUGUAAUGAAUAGUUUCAAGUAAACAUGGCAAUAGAGUUGGAAGACCCGUGAUACAAAUCCCUAAAUUUAAAGUGGUCCUACAGUGUCUUCAUGAACACCUCCGAAGACGUUUCACAAGUCCCCCAGUCUGUCUGUUAUAUUGACAUGGCCUAAGGGGCUUUACAUUUGGGAAGUAUUUCCUGAUGAUCAUUUGAAGGCACUCCCACAUCACUUUAAAAGGAUCAGUGCUAUUUCAAUGCAGUUGAUCAGCACAGAACAUGUUCAGGGUGUUCAGUUGACACUGGGGCUAAUAUGUGACCAGUGUAAGUGGUGUCUGACCUGUGGAGAAGGUUGCCAUCCUAAGAAAAUAAGAAAAUUCCUUUUUGAUCAGACCAAAGGCUCAUGUAGUCCAGCAUCUUGUGUUUAUUGAUCAGUCACUAGUUUUGUGAUCACAAUGGUUUUAGGAAACAAAUUUUACUGCCUACUACCUCUAUUCUUUGUCUGGUUCCUUAUCUUGCGAUGUCUGGGAUGUGUUGGGCUUGCCUGGGUAAAGUUGUGGCUCUUAAUACAGGAAAAACUGGCCAAAGAGGAGCGCAACAGUGAACUAAACCUGCACAAGAUCACCCUACAGUGGCGCACGGUGCUCCGGGAAGUCAAGGCCAGGGAGCUGCGUAAGGACAUUGAGAUUCUUAGCCAGACCUUUGAACGUGUGGUGGACUGCAAAGACAAUGUCAUUAAGGUGAGCCCUGGCCGGGAAAAGCCCUUGGAAUGAGACUGUGAAACUGUUAAUGGCUCUCUUAGAGAUUGGAGAGGGAAGUCACGCACCUUCUGAGACUCACUGCAGCUCUGUGACACUUGCCAAUAAGGAGCAAAGGGGAAUAACAAAGGGCACAUCUGUACUGUAGGCAAAAGUGGUUUGCACUUUGUACAAUUCUGCAAUGACCUCUUAACAGUUCUUUAUUAUUGCUAUCAGUGGGUCCCAGUGGUAUAAGAUAGAUAGAUAGAUAGUUUAUUACGGCCAUAGGCCCAUAUUCAAUACAUCACACAGCAACACAGGUAUAACAAGAUAAAACUGAUAAAUUAAAUUACGUUUAAAUCAAGUACGUCUCAGACCGUAAGUUUCUAAAUUCCAUUAAAAUAAGAACAAUAUGGCACUUAAAAUAUCAAAUUAUCAGUAUAAAUCAAUAUUAUUUAGGCAAAAUCAAUAAUCAUAGAGUAAUCCAUUUUUCUUUUUAUAGGCUAAUACUGUUAUCAGAAAUCUGGCAACAGAAAGGGACCUACUCGGAUCAGAAUCUUGCAAUAAAUGAAUUAGCUGUAUUUCCAAGGAGUCACCUGAGAUUUCCAAUAAUAAAGGGGACAAAAAUCUGAUCCGAGAAACUGAAUGUAGUGAACAACAGAAUAGUAUAUGUUGUAAAGAUUCUAUAGAUCUAUUAUCGCAUACACACACCGCUGAGAUCCGACCAUUGGAAAAUCUAUUAUUCAAGACAUUGGAAGGAAAGGCAUUAAAUCUUGCCUUAAUAAAGGCAUAUCUGUGGGCCGCUACAGACAAAGAGGUCAAAUAAGAUGGUAUCUGCUGUGGGGGCACUAUGCCCAGUGGUAUAAGAACUGAAUGCAGUGUGGAAUGCCAGGGCCAAUCCACAGCAGAUUCAGUUCAGACGCUUUAUGUGUGUUUACCAGCUUAAUAUAAGCUAUUUCAGAUACCACAGUUUAUUAUUUUAGGUCUUGGCAUUCUCAAUAUUUUUAGUGUGGAAUUCUUUAGCUCUUUAAAACAGAUUGGUCUCCUGCUGUGGUUGUCUGAUCCAUCUCUGUCCCCUCCAGUCCCUCGCUAAGGACCUCAUGGAGGCAGAAGCUCAAUAUGCGCAUGCUUUGCGCAGCCACUUGCACAACAUAGACCAGCUGUUGGAACUCCAGCGCUGCCGCAUUGGCUACUUGGAGGAGGAUUACCAAACGGAGCUGCAAGCUCUGCAGAAGGAGUUUGACACAGAGAGGUAGAAGGGAAGAAGGGAGGGAGGCUGGGAAAGAUGGUGCCUCAGCAGCCGUGGAAAACUGUGUUUUGUUGGACUCUUAGAACUCAACUGGCUUUUCAUAUUUUCACCAGGAAGAUAAUUAUAGGUCACCAUAAUCUAGAGAGCCGGUACCUGCAGGAUGUGCUGCUGGCUAUGGAGCAAAACUUUACUGACAGUGAAUACGAGGCCAGGCUCGACUUCCAGAGUACAAGAGAUGACGUCAAGAACAAGGUCUGGGUUAAAACUCGGGGAGGAACUUAUGGCAAUUUCUAAGUUUGCUAACGAAUGGGAGGAUUUAUCAUACAGUGGUGCCCCGCAAGACGAAUGCCUCGCAAGACGAAAAACUCGCUAGACGAAAGGGUUUUGCGUUUUUUGAGUCCUUCCACAAGACGAAUUUCCCUAUGGGCUUGCUUCGCAAGACGAAACGUCUUGCGAGUUCUUGCGAGUUUGUUUCCUUUUUCUUAAAGCCGCUAAGCCACUAAGCCGUUAAUAGCCGCUAAGCCGUUAAUAGCCGCUAAGCCGCUAAUAGCCGCUAAGCCGCUAAUAGCCGUGCUUCGCAAGAUGAAAAAACCGCAAGACGAAGAGACUCGCGGAACGGAUUAAUUUCGUCUUGCGAGGCACCACUGUAUUUUGAAAUGGACAGUAUCCUCAGGAAAAAAUAUAUGCACGUUUUAGCAAUGGCGUAGCCUUGAAACCUGCCUUUCAUAGGCCUUUUAAAACUUAUUUAAUAUGCAAGUUAGGGCAUCAUUAUUUCAUAAUCAGCUGUGUGCUGAUGCUCUCCUUUUUUCCUUUUGAUUGUUUUAGCCCAUUUCAAGUGAGUUUUAAUUAGUUACACUGAUUUAUCUGUGAAUGCCAGUUGCUGGGAAUCACAAGGUUAUGUUAUGUUCAGUUCCUGCUUUGAGGCUGCCUGUAGGCCUCUGGUUGGCCACUGUGAGAACAGAAUGCUGGACUAAAUGAACCAUUGGCUUGAUCCAGCAGGCUCUUCCAGUGUUCUUAUGCGUCUGCUAUGUGACAAUAUAUUGGUUAAUUUAAAAAAAAACAAAGAAAGAAAGAAUGUGGGAUGGGUAGAAGCUACAUGGAGAUGUUCAACAGAGGUUUAGUCAUGCCAGGACUUUGAAAUUAUAAAGGUUCUAAAUAUAUCCUGCACCCAAUAUCAGGCAUCUCAUUUGACUGGAAGCCUAUAUGUAUAUUCCUUCAACUCUUUGUUAACACUCAUCAUCAUAUACUUCGUUUGAGUUUAUUUCCCCUCCAUUGAUUUGUAGCUGCCACUAGUGAUGAAGGGCCCCAGCUCAAACACAUUUUAUGUAAUCAAAAUACACCCAUUACCAUCCCUGUGCUUUUUUGCACAUAUAGCUAUAGUCAGUGGCUGAACUGGUCUACAGGCAGAAACAUGGAACCACCUCUGCUGUAUAUUUCUUUCUCUCUUCUUCCCAGUAAUGUGUAGCGAAUCAACUCAUGACCUGAUUUUGUAGCCCCUUCACCCCCACAUAAUUGGCUCACAGGCUGGGGGAAUGCGCAGGCGGAUGGUGUCAUUUCCAUGCAUUGUGUUAUGCCACACAUUACUGGGCGGGGAAGAAGAAAGAACCCACAGAGCUGAUGCUGUAAAAUCCAGUUCCAUGUAAGAUCCCAAGAAGAGCCAUAUGAGAGAUUCUAGUGAUUGGGGAAACAAGACUGUAGCUGAAACUAUGUGCAGGUCCUCCAUAUUUUCAUUAUUUCUCCAGGUACAAGGUUUCUUGUUGCUGGAGCCCAUACUCAUGAUUUUAAAACCCCCAAAGAAAACCAGUUGGGCAUACUAAGGCUUUUUAUUUAUUUAUUUAUAUUAAAUUUCUGUACUGCUGUUCAUCCAAAUAUGACAGGGCAAUUUAUAAUCUAAAAUUACACAAAUAUAUAGCAUAAUAACAAACAAUAACAAUUUUUUUAAAGGGCAGAUCCUCCACACCAUACAUUUAGAGCACAUCCAAUGCACAUUUAAAGCUCACGACUUCCCCCAAAUAAUCUUCCAAAGUAUAGUUUCCUCCCGUAGAGCUACAUUUCCCAGCAUCCUUAACAAACUACAGUUCCCAGGAUUCUUUGGGGGAAGUUAUGAGCUUUCAGUGUGCAUCAGAUGUGCUCUAAAUGUAUGGUGUUCUUUUGCUUGGGAAAGGAGUUCCUGGGGAGGCUGAUCUUGGGGUAGUCCAAAAUGAGUCAGUUAACUGGAAAACUCCAGAGCAGACCAGAAUAGGACCGGCUGUUCUGCUAACAGAAUACUAAUCUGUGUUCAUUUCUGCCCCAGAACUUGGAGGAGAAGCAUUACCUGCGCAUGCAGUUGGAGGGUAAAGUGGAGGAGCUGUGGAAACGCUUCCAACAGGCCUUGCGUACUUACACAGAGGCAACGGAAGACCGUAAGUUUGCCUUUGAAGGCCUCAAACGCAGAGAUGAGAAGAGCACCAAGGAGAUUGAGAUGCAGAUGAGGAAACUGCAGAAGAUGCAAGUGAGUGGCCCUGCUUGGGCUGGUCGGACCAGGGAAACAUUUGGGCUUUAUUCAGGCAUUGCUUUCUCCUGCAGCUGAGAUAUUGCUGGGCUGUCCCUUCUACGCAGUGGUGUUCUUUCAAAAUGGCAGCAUUAACAGCCUCCCCAAGUUACCUUCCUUGACCUAUAUCCCCCCACCCCUUGCAAUUCACCAUCAAGAGAGAUACCUAACCGGUGGCCCAGUUUCUAGAAUUGGCAGUCCACUUGCAAUGACCUCCAGGAGUGUGUGAGGUUGCCACUUGGCUCACAGCUUAGUUGGGUUCCCAUGGCGGAGACACUCUUUGCAGGGCCUUUACCUGCAUUGGUGAUUAUCAUGGCCUUGUCUUGAAGUGUUGCUGUUGAUUGCAGGAAACAGGGUGUCUGUGAAUUAAUUUAUAUGAAUUAUCCCCUCUACGUAAGGGACGUGGGUGGCAGGUGGCGCUAAACCACUGAGCCUCUUGGGCUUGCCAAUCAGAAGGUCGGCGGUUUGAAUCCCCACGACGGGGUGAGCUCCCAUUGCUCGGUCCCAGCUCCUGCCAACCUAGCAGUUUGAAAGCACGCCCCAAAAGUGCAAGUAGAUAAAUAGGUACCACUCUGGCAGGAAGGUGAACGGUGUUUCUGUGCGCUACUCUGGUUUCGGUGUUCCGUUGCACCAGAAGUGGCUUAGUCAUGCUGGCCACAUGACUAAGCCACUUCUGGUGCAACGGAACAUCGAAACCAGAGUUUCUCUGCAGACAAAUGAUGGCUCCCUGGCCUGUAAAGCGAGAUGAGCGCCGCAACUCCAGGGUCGUCUGCAACUGGACUUAACUGUCAGGGGUCCUUUACCUUUGUAUCCCCUCUAUGUGGGUAGAUCCUGGACUGGCUGCCAUUCCAGUGGUAGCCGUGGAGGUCAUGCUGGAUGGAGGGAGCAUUGAACAUUUGAUUUGGGCCUGCAAAGCUCAGUGGACAGAAUCGGAAGGCUGGAAAAGAUCGAAAAUUCCUCAGCCUCCAGCACUCUUCUCCAUAAAUCGACCUUCUCCCCCUCAUCCCACCAACAGAAGAACCUGGGGGAAAAUAGAUUCAUGGGCAAACGUCUGGUGAUGCACAUCAGCGGUGGGCGGAGCAACAGAUCCUCCUGAAACCUUGCCCCCCCCAUCUCCCAUGCCUUAUAAAUAUCUGCAGUUGUUCCUCAUCCCAUUAUUAAUCUGAACCCCCACAACAGUAAAAUCUCACACCACCAAAGCUGCAAACCAAAAUGGCCAUCUAAUUGCACCUCUUCCUGCAGCCAUGAGUUUCAGUUUAUAGUUGCCACAGAAGCCCUCCUGUCGGCUGACUAGAUCCCUCUCUUGUCACCAGGACCUCAUUGGCAUCCUGAAGAACAAGAUUGCUCUUCAUGCACGGGAGAGCGAGGAGCAGAACCGACGAGUCCGCGAUGAGAAGGAGGUGGUGCUGAAGCAGCUGCAGAAGCUCAAGAGCGAGAUGAACCGGGCCAGAGCCAAGGCCCGUAGCAACCUGGCUAAGCUGUCCAGGGAGAGCAGCGGGGCUCUCAAAGUGUUGGAACGUGUUAUGCAGAAGGUAAAACUGUAUGCACUUUUGGUUAAUCAUGGUCUACCCAUGUGUGGUGUAGAGAGGCAGUGUGGUGUAGUGGUUAAGAGUGGUAGACUCGUAAUCUGGUGAACCGGGUUCCCGUCUCCACUCCUCCACCUGCAGCUGCUGGGUGACCUUGGGCUAGUCACACUUCUGUGAAGUCUCUCAGCCCCACUCACCUCACAGAGUGUUUGUUGUGGGGGAGGAAGGGAAAGGAGAAUGUUAGCUGCUUUGAGACUCCUUUGGGUAGUGAUAAAGCGGGAUAUCAAAUCCAAACUCUUCUUCUUCUUCUCAGGCUCCUUCCUCCCACAAAUUGAGAAAGUACAUAGGAUGGGGAGAACGAAGUUGGCUGAAACAGUGGCGUCGCAAUGGGGGGGUGACGGUGCGCCAGUGUGCCCCGGGUGCCAUGUCUUGGGGGAGGUGAUAAGAAGGCACCUCAUGGCGCCGCAUGUGGAGGAUCCUCAGGGACUGCAGCUGCAAGCAGAGGAUUCCGGUGCCAGUGGCAAACCGCUAUGUACAGCGCACAUGCGUCGUCGCAUGCAUGCGCUGUAUUUAAUGCCGCCGCACAUGCACUGUACAUAGUGGUUUGCCACCGGCGCUGCUUCAGCGCCGUACGGAUGGCGGUGGGAUCCCUCCACUACAGCCGCAAACGGAGAAUCCUGCAGCCGCGAGCAGAGGAUCCCGGCACUGUCCGUACGGCGCUGGAGUGGUGCCAGCAGCAAACUGCUAUGUACAGUAUACGUGCAGCGUCGUUACGUACAGUGCAUGCAUGCGCCGCCGCACAUGUGCCGCACAUAGCAGUUUGCCGCCCUGGGUGUCACGACCCCUUCGUUCACCCCUGGCCGAAGAGAACAUGCAGAAAUCAAACUUUUGGUGGUCUCUGGUAGCCCUUGGGAUUCCCAAAAUGGAGUUCAGAUCCAGGAGAGUUCUUGCAGAUUAUGUGCAAGCACAGCUUUGGCCUAUAAAAAUAGCAGCUGGUUGGCUCCAAAUAAAGCUGUUUUAGUGGAGACUAGCUUUCGGGGGGGGGGGCGCUACCGCCUCCUGAAUGGACACAGAUGCCUAUACUGCUGACAUUUCCAAGGCAGGGAGGAAUGAGCCAGGUUUUACCUCCCUUGCUGAGAAGCGCCCUUGCUUAGAGGAAUUGCCCUUUGUUUCCCAUGUUGCAUAUGAGAUAUAUUACACUCGUGAGCAGCUGAGGUCUGGUAGUGUGGAAAAUAAUAGGGUUAAAAACCUCUCACCUAUUUCCCCCCUACCUUUCUUUAAACUAUUUUAAGAAGCAAUGGCUACUCUUUGUGCAUGUGCUCCCACAUCACCUUGGAGAGCAACUGAACUUGCCUCUUGCCUCUCUUAGUCCUAGCCAUGCUGGAACAGAAAGCACUUCCAGAGGAGGAGCAGGGAGGGAGCUGCACAGUCUAUUGGGGGCAAAGAUAAGGUGUUCUUGACUGGGGAAAGGAACAAACAGUGGCUGGGACUGCUCAAACAGAAGAGAUGGCUGGGAAUUCCUGCGAGAAUAAGAAAUGGUGAGAGUGAGAGAGAAGCAGCAGUAGUGAAGGCUACACCUUAUCCUUCUAGGCUAUAUGGAGGUUUUUAGCAUGUGGUUCCUUUUAGCCACCACCCCUCUUGAAUGCAUAGCUUUCUUGUGCAAGUUUACCCUGAUUAUUAAAGCUGGACCCUUUACUUUUCUAUCCUAUGAUGCUCUGUUUCAUUUUUCAAUUUCAGAUCCUGGUUCGUUUUUAGUGGUUUUAUAUCAAUGGGGGUUUUUGUACUUGAGUUUUUGUACACUUGAGAUCAUCUAUCUAUUUUAUCUAUCGGUUUAGAAAGGUUCUUUAAAAAAAUUAAUGCUGGUCCUUCCAGCCUCAGAUGGCAGGAGAGGAUGCAAGCCUUCCCAAGACUCCUUGUCUCCUCUGCCUUGAAAGGAUGAUGUUCUUUCCAGACACUUUGGGCAGCAUCAAAAGCACUCAUUUGAUCAGCACAAGGAGUUUUGGCUGUGCUCCUCUCCCUGUGCAUCCCUUAAGUCUGUUCUGGGAUUCCCCCCAACCUUCUGGAGCAGAUUUGGGGACGGUGCAGGGCAUGCAUGCGGGGGGUGGGGAUUCCAUUGUGCAAACCUAAUUCCUUGCACUAUAACAGAACAAGUGCUUUGCAUACUAUACCGUGUGCCUGUAAAUCUUGUCACAUAAUCUUCUCUUGCCAAGGAGCUGCCCGCAAUUCUGGCUCUCUUUUGAGCGUCCCUGUGUGACAGGCAUGUUGCCACAGAUGUGUUCGUCCCAGUCACAUGAUAUUUUAGUGUACAUUUAAAUAACUCCAAAUCUUAAAUCUCUUCAUGGUGCGGAGAACCCAUAUGUACUCUUGUGUGAAAAUUGUGCAUGGCUCUCAUUUUGUCACAAUAAUUCACUUAGAAGCCAGGGUGCUGAGCAGCUCUCAGAGGACAGUUGUGUGUGCAGUACAUGUCCCUUCUUACACAGAUUAAUUCAGCAUUGGGGGGGGGCAUCAUGUGUGGUGUCUCUUAAAGGUACAGGAGCCCAGGGAUGAUUGUCAUGUGGCAACGAGAUAGAGGCUGUGUUCACACUGCACCCAAUGUGCUCCCACCACUGGUUAGAGAAGUAGUGUGCACAUGGCAUUAUCCACAAUUCAUAUCUAUGUGGUUGUUUCUUACGAAAUACUGUGUUGUGAUGUGCUUCCCCUCAAACCAGCUUCAAUCUGGAUUGAGAAAAAGAACAAUUUAGCUGCAUUUUGAGCCAUUAAUGUGUACACAGCCAUAUAGCCUCUUCUUCCCAAAGGAGCCAUGCAUUGCUUGAAAGUGCCCUGACAUAGUGGUGGAAACUCAGAACUCCCAGAGAGCAAAGCAGAUUCCGUGCAUGCUGCUCUUUUAGCCGAGAUGUACAGUUCAGAGUUUCUCUCAUGUGACUGGGCAAAAACAAGCAAGAGAACUGGGCCAAAACAAACAAGAUGAAUUUUAACAGGGAGAAAUGUAAAGUAUUGCACUUGGGCAAAAAAAAUGAGAGGCACAAAUACAAGAUGGGUGACACCUGGCUUGAGAGCAGUACAUGUGAAAAGGAUCUAGGAGUCUUGGUUGACCACAAACUUGACAUGAGCCAACAGUGUGACGCGGCAGCUAAAAAAGCCAAUGCAAUUCUGGGCUGCAUCAAUAGGAGUAUAGCAUCUAGAUCAAGGGAAGUAAUAGUGCCACUGUAUUCUGCUCUGGUCAGACCUCACCUGGAGUACUGUGUCCAGUUCUGGGCACCACAGUUCAAGAAGGACACUGACAAACUGGAACGUGUCCAGAGGAGGGCAACCAAAAUGGUCAAAGGCCUGGAAACGAUGCCUUAUGAGGAACGGCUAAGGGAGCUGGGCAUGUUUAGCCUGGAGAAGAGGAAGUUAAGGGGUGAUAUGAUAGCCAUGUUCAAAUAUAUAAAAAUAUGUCACAUAGAGGAGGGAGAAAGGUUGUUUUCUGCUGCUCCAGAGAAGCGGACACGGAGCAAUGGAUCCCGUACUACAAGAAAGAAGAUUCCACCUAAACAUUAGGAAGAACUUCCUGACAGUAAGAGCUGUUCGACAGUGGAAUUUGCUGCCAAGGAGUGUGGUGGAGUCUCCUUCUUUGGAGGUCUUUAAGCAGAGGCUUGACAACCAUAUGUCAGGAGUGCUCUGAUGGUGUUUCCUGCUUGGCAGGGGGUUGGACUCGAUGGCCCUUGUGGUCUCUUCCAACUCUAUGGUUCUAUGACUGUUGGCAACUAAACCUACAUUACAAACUUAUAUUGGUUUUAUACUCAUUUAAUUGCCAUGGCUUUCCCUAAAGCGGAAUUGAGGAACUUACGAUCCUCCCGUUGUCAGGACCACCAGUUCCACCACUCCUGACCACUGGCCAGGCUAGGAGUUCUGGGUGCUAGAAUCCAGCAACAAACAUCUGGAGGAGCACAAGCUCCUCACCCCACUCUAAAAAAUCCCGGGAAUUGUAGUUUGGUAAAAGUGUGCCCCGGGUGCCAUGUCGGGUGUGUGUGUGAUAAAAGUGCUGAAAAUCCUGUGAAGGGAUUCCUAGCUCUCCAGAGAACUAAAACUCCCACAUUAGAACUAUACAGAGACACUCCAGUGCCAGACCCUGGGAAGUGUAUCCUGUGCCAGAUAGAGGAAAACUGAGUCUGAUUAUUGUUCCCCGUCCCCCAUAGGCAGAGCUGAUCCUGCGCCUGGCUGAGAUGUGCCGCAGGCUAGAGUCGGAGGAGGAGAAAGUGCUGCCAUUUUAUGCCAGUUCCCUGACCUGGGAAGAACAGAAGACUGUGGAUAAGGUGGUCCUGGAGAAACCGGAAGAGCCACUAGCCCAGGUGAAUUGUCUGUGUGUGGAAAGGGGAGGAAGGCAUGUGUGCCUGCUUCACCAGCAGAGGAGGAAACAGUUCUUUCAGUUCAUUGUCAGGAUUAUUCUGUGUCUCCAGUUUAGCAUUCAGGGCUGUUCUUUCCCAGAAGAUUGGUCAGAUUGAGGCAAUACAGCCCUGGCACCAAUGGGAACACCCACCCCAAGGCUAGCAGCAGCAGCUGGGGUGGAAGGGUUUCCAUUCAGACCAUGGCAGGGGCAGAGUUAACCCCCAUGUCACAGCCCCAAUCCUGAUCAGGCUCCCUAUGUCUGCUCUUCACAGCAGGGGAACCACCAUACAACUUCCAAGUGAUGCACUUAGCAUCAUGCAGUUUUCCCCUUUGCCUCUGAUACUUUCCCAGAAUGCAUUCUGCCUGCCUCUCUAUCCAGGCCCACCUGACUUUGUGGCAUUUGCUUGCCACACAGCUAUAGGAAAUAAUCUUUGCUACAAGACCUUUGGCUGCUACAUUCACAAGCAUUUCCCGAUUUAGCAGAUAGAGCAGUUUGUUUCUCCCAGUGCAGCCACGGACUCAAAGCAGGGAUUCUUGUCCAGAGACUCCUUAGAACCAACCCAGAAGCCUGUCUUUUCCAGAUGAUGCAGGAUUACGUGGGGCUGGAGCGCUUCUGGCAAAGAUACAACAAGGUGAGGCUGGAGCAGCUUUCGCUGGAGCGGACGAAGCAAGCGCUGCUCCAAGACAACCUCAGGCUGAGGCAGCUGCUCAAGCAGUACCUGGAUGGCAUCUCGGUGAACGACGAGGUGCUGAGCCAGAUCAAUCCACUGAUGAUUGUCAACCAGCAAAACGUUGCCCCACCUUCGUCCCAGCCUGCCAAGCAGCCCAUCUAUAACGUGGUCGAGGCAGCACUCGAGGUCAAGCGGAUCCUCUAA